AAAAACAAAGUGGGUAAAAAACUCCCAAACCGCUGUUGGGUUGGUCUCUGCGCUGGCUGCCCUCGCCAUGGAGGACGAUGGCCAUCCCGACCCCUACCUUGAUCUCCCCCUUGAAAUCGCCGAGGAGCGGCGGCGCGCUGCUAGACUCGCUGAUGAGUGCCGCCGCCAGCACCGCGAAACCACUACUUGUCUGCUCUCGCUGCCGGCUCCCGUUGCCAUGGACGGCGAUGCUCAUCUCGUCUCGCUCCUGGAUCUUCACCCUGAACUCCCCGAGGAGCGGCGGCGCCCCGAACCGUCCUCUUUCCAUAAAACUGAGAUUGAGGAGCAUGCUAGCGAGGUUAGCAACAGUGAAGGCUCUGUAACUAUGGGUCUGUCAGAAAUCACUGCCCUAGCGCUGAAUGACAUCUCUCCUAUACUUCAGUCGACCUAUUGGUCCAAUGUGUGUUAUGAUACUGGCAGCAGCGAGAGUGAGUCGGACACUGUGGUGGAGAAGCCUGAAGACGAAUCAGAUUUUGAUUUGGACAAGGAACUGCAAGAAAUGGAGGAUUACUUGAAAGAGAAUACGUGCGACACUGUAAGCGAAGUGAUGGAUAAAAUUUUCGGUGUAGGGUGUUCCAGUCUAGCUGCUAAGUACGACAAUAUGUCAGCUGCCGAGCGUGCCGAUAUGACCGCUCGACCUUCCUAUUUUUGUAAGAGGCCUCCCGUAGGGUGGCCAUCUUCUCCAGCUGAUUCAGAAACCCAGUCCCUUCAGGCAACAGAACAAGCUUCGAGGAAUGAACCAUCGCGGCAGUAUUUGCUACGUCGACAACCAAGGUGUGAAGUUCCUGACGAAGAGAUUAUUCAAAAUGGGAAAAAAUGGAUGACUAAGGAGGUGAUGUUGGCAUUCGAAAAAUACGCUGAAAGAAAUACUAAUCUCAAGGGUCUUGAGUGGCAGAUUGAGGAACUCUGUCACCAAUGCUUUAAUGUGGAAUACCAUCACAAAGUUUUCCACCAUUACAAUUUCACUGUAAAGAUUGAGGGCCCUAGGUCAAGUGAUUCCAGAGUGGCAUUGUUCUUCGCCGAAGUGAAAGAGAUAUUCGGAAGAAAAUACUAUUUCUGCUGCCCUCUAGAACCAAAUGAAAGUGGUCAGUGUUAUGCAUGCCAUAACCAAGGAGUUGAUGAUCUAAGGCAUCCAGCUACAGGUGGAUAUGACCGGGGUUCUCUGGAUAUCGCAUUCCCAUUUAUUUGUAUGGAUUAGUGAAAGUUGUUGAAUCAUAUAGAUUCAGAAUUAGUUCGACUGGUUUGAAUCUAGUAGUCUAGAGUCCAUAAUCCAUAUUCAUCUAUGAAUCUUCCAUUAUGGGUUUGAUACUGAGGUUCUGUGCUAAUAUUGUUUCUGCACUUGAGCACUUUUUAUGCAAAUAUGUGUUCUCGUGAGUGAACAUAAAAUGAGGUUGUCAUUGUGAUGAGAAGAAUUGGCAACUUUUCUAAACUAUCAAGAAAGAUUUUACCUAUAA